AAGCAGUCAGUUCAUAGAGGUGCGCGCGCAGCGCUAGCCGUUGACACGCAGCCCGUUGCCGCGAACCGUUUUCAAACGCGCGCGCGUAAUAUGAUCGACAAUAAAAAUUAAAUCCCGGUCACUAAUGAAACUUUCAAACAGAUAAAUAAUUUUAUUUUUAAAACUAAUCUGUGUUGUGUAUAACGUUGAUGUGGAUGCAAGGGAUUUAGCUACAUUAACUUAAGUAGUGGGCGCGCCAAGAUGUGGCGUGCAAUACUACUGAUGUGGCUGGUGUCACCGAAUCUGUGCCAACAGAUCCAGCCAAACAGAGUAUUCAGCGUGUCUACUGUAUGCGACAAGGCAUCCAUGACAGUCCACUUGGAGAUGGCGCAACCCUUUAAAGGACUUGUCUUUAGUAAAGACUUUUCGAGGGAAUGUAGAGUUCAAGGGACUCAUCAGAAUAAAAUCACACUAAAUCUACCAUCGAACGCAUGUGGCGUGAGGACAUCGACCAUGAACAGCACAGUGGAAGAGCCUGAUGAUGAUGAAGAUUUAUACUACAACGUCGAACUGGUUGUGCAGAUGGACAAACAACUGCAGCAAUCAUCCGACCAGGAGCUAUUAGUCAGAUGUAAAUUACAACCUCGGGCGGUUCGCAUCAACAGCUCGGCAUUAGAGACGGUAAUCAACAAUAAAUUACGCGAAAUGACUACCAGGGAGGCGAAGAAAACAAGAACUGGCCGCAACCGUCAAGGUUUCGCGAACGCAGCAGAAUUAGAGCAACGUGAGUGGUUAAUGGCAGCAGCUCGUGCCUGGAUGGAGUUGGCACCAGCGGUGUCUGCUGCAGAACCCGCCACAGUCGAAGUUGGACAGCCCACCAGACUACUCAUCCAAUGCACAUUACCUGUGGGCGUGGGACUCCGAGUAACAAAUUGCGUCGCUCACGAUGGCCUAGGAGAAGCAUCGCAGAAAUUACUUGACGACGCUGGCUGUCCUAUAGACGAAACUAUCUUCAAUAAACCAUCGAUCCACCACCACAAACACAAAAGCACAGAAAUUGACUUUUCGGACCUAGAACCCGUUGAUCUACAGAAAAAUAUUGAUGAGAAAACAACAAUUAAACUAGAAAAGUCCGACCCAGAAAAUAUGUUCAAGAAUAUUAUGACUUAUCAACACGCGAUCACUACUUUUGCAGCUUUCAAAUUUCCCGAUAGAGCUAAGUUACAUUUGACUUGUGGAAUUGAACUGUGCAAAGGACAAUGCCCACCUGUGGACUGCAAAGCUUUGCAGAAACCCCAACGGACUAGAGAUGGAUUGCUCAGGAAAGCUCGAUUAGAUAAAGAUACGAAGGGUAUCGUUAUCGAUAGACUAGAAGUUUAUAACAGCAUAGAGGUUCAUGCACCUAAUAUUGAAUUAGAAGAUGAAGCUUCCAUUAAAGGGUCCAGAAGGAUAGAAUCGGAAGAAGACGAAUUUGUGCGAGGAUUUUCACCAGGAGACAAAACAAUCUGCUUAUCGCCAGGGAAAAUGGCUCUAGCAUUCUGCGUCCUAGGAAUCAUUUUCCUCUGCGCAAUCGCUGUAGCGUUCAUCUCUUUGGUGAGAGCUAGACGGCGUCUGGGAAGAGAGCCGUUGCAUACGUCUCUAUCUUUCUACACAGGAAGCAAGAGCAUGUUUUCAUCAAGCGAGAGUUCCAGUUCUGGUCUUAGUGGUAGCAAACUUCUUUUAACUGAUAGUCCGUAUUUAGACCACCAUUCGUCUUCCAGCAAUAAUUGGCCAUAUUCUAGGGCUUUCUGACAAGCAGCCCGUCGGCGAGACGUGGGUUUACGCGAGUUUUAACAGAGCGGGAUGGAUCUCGCCUUUCUCUCAAAGUCAAUAGAGGUUUAUGCAUUGGCAAAGAAGUUAAAACUAUCGUAGCAAAAAGCACAUUAUAUACAGGUGUAUAUCUCUAUAGGUACCCAGUUUUUAUAUUCUCAUCUAUGGGUUGUGUCUGUAACUAUUUAUAAAACAUUAUUUACUUCUGUGAUCUUGUGUGACUUACCUAAAAGAAAAUCUGCUAAAUAUUGUCAAUAUAUAUUUUUUUUUCUAAAAGAAUAAUACUUAUAGUAAGUAGUAGCUGCUGUAAAAAAUGUAACUUCCAGACCAAGUUACAAUUUAGAUAAAAAAAGGUCGAUAAAAACAUUCAAUUAUGAUUUUAUUUUUCAUCUGUUUACUUUUACCAUUUCGUCACAGCGGUCACCAUAUUGAGUUCACAAAAAGAGGCUUUCAUUUUCUUUUUUGCAAUUGCAACAAGAAAUUGUUAGCAAAAAAUAUUUAAAUAACUACCUACCUUUUCAUAAUAUUAACUUGAAGACUGUACUUUAAAGUACCUCCCAAAGCUUGUCUAUUUCUAGCUUCGUAGUUUAAGGGACUAUUUAUUAUUAGUUUUGUUUUUCGACUUUUUGUCGUUUGAGGCGGUGCUUUUGAUGUCAUUUUGUCGGUUAGUAGAUGCUUGGGUAAAAUAUUGUACACAUAAUAAUGUGAACAGGGCAAGCGUUAAGCGCGCAUUUAGAACUACAUACAUUUCAUUUAGGCCAUUCACAUGUCUAUUAAAAUGUAUGUAUAUGUCUAAUAUGCAUACCUAAUUACUAUUCCAUAGUACCCAUUGAUAAUCUCAUUUAUUUUAUGUUAAUUGAAAUGUUGACUGUAAUUAUAAUGAUGAUCUUAAGUUUUACAUUUACCAACCUACAUUGAAAUAAAAUCAUUAGCACUUCCUCGAAAAUUAGUAAAUAAGAACCUAGAUGUAAUCUAUUAAUUUAAGAACAUUCAAAAUGAAGAAUGUAUUACUUGUGAUGUGAUGAUAAUAUUUAUGUUUAUCAUGAAUGAAUGGAAAUUUUAUAUGUUUAUACAAUAUUUUGUAUUAAAACAGUAAAUGAAGUAAA